ACUACAUACAUCGUGACACGCUUACUAUUGCACAUCUCCAUCUUCCUCCUCUCUCCUCUCUCUAGACACACUUCAGCUGCUACCUCGCAGCUCAAACGACAGUUGCAGAGGGCCAAGGCGAGCCAACAUUGGUGACAUUAAAUGAGGAGUCUACUGUACUCACUCGGAACUCUACUCCUGCUGCUUCUUGUGCUUCCGUCGCCGUCGGCGGCGCUGUCGGCGGACGGGCUCGCGCUGCUGGCCUUCAAGUCAGCGGUGACGGACGACCCGUCUUCGGCGCUGUCGGCGUGGUCGGACGCCGACGCGGACCCGUGCCGCUGGCAGGGGGUCACCUGCGUCAACACCUCCUCCUCGGCCGGCCCCCGCGUCGUCGGGGUCACCGUCGCGGGCAAGAACCUGUCCGGGUACGUCCCCUCCGAGCUCGGCUCGCUGACUUUCCUCCGCCGGCUCAACCUCCACGGGAACCGCCUCUCGGGUACCGUCCCUCCCGCGCUCGCCAACGCCACCUCUCUCCACUCGCUGUUCCUCUACGACAACAACCUCACGGGAAGCUUCCCGGCGGCACUGUGCGCGCUCCCGCGGCUCCAGAACCUCGACCUGUCACGGAACGCGCUGUCCGGCGCCCUGCCGGCGGAGCUUGGGCGGUGCAGGCAGCUGCAACGGCUGCUCCUCGCGGAGAACGCGUUCUCCGGUGAGGUGCCGCGGGGCGUGUGGCUGGAGAUGGCGAACCUGCAAAUGCUCGACCUGUCGUCAAACAACCUCGGCGGCGCUAUCCCGCCAGACCUCGGCAGGCUCCCGGCGAUCGCCGGCACUCUGAACCUCUCCCGCAACCACCUCUCCGGCGAGGUGCCGCCGGAGCUCGGCCGCCUCCCGGUCACCGUCACGCUCGACCUCCGCUUCAACAAUCUCUCCGGCGAGAUCCCGCAAUCGGGGUCCCUCGCCAGCCAGGGCCCCACCGCGUUCCUCAACAACCCGGGACUCUGCGGCUUCCCGCUCCAGGUCCCCUGCCGCGCCGCGUCUCCAUCCUCCUCGUCCCCACCGCCUCCGUCGUCCUCAGCCGCUGCACGCGGCGCCACGCAGGACCCCCGGCCGCCGAUAAAGGCCACCCUCAUCGUGCUCAUCUCGGUCGCCGACGCGGCCGGCGUCGCGCUCAUCGGCGUCAUCGUGGUGUACGUCUACUGGAAGGUCCGCAACAGGUGCGGGGCCAUCAACAGCAUCAGCGACGAGGAGGAGGAAGGGCGCGGGCUGUUCCCGUGCCCCUGCAUGCGCGCCGACGCGUGCGCGGACUCGUCGUCGGAAUGCUCGGACGACGGCAAGUGCAACGGCGGCACCAGCGGCGGCGGAGGAGGGGCAGAAGGCGAGCUGGUGGCGAUCGACAAAGGGUUCCGGAUGGAGCUGGACGAGCUGCUGCGGUCGUCGGCGUACGUGCUGGGCAAGGGCGGGAAGGGGAUAGUUUACAAGGUGGUGGUGGGCAACGGCACGACGCCCGUGGCGGUGCGGCGGCUCGGCGGUGGCGCUGCAGCGCCAGAGCGGUACAGGGAGUUCGCGGCGGAGGCCGGCGCCAUCGGGCGGGUGCGGCACACCAACGUGGUGAGGCUGCGCGCCUACUACUGGUCCGCCGACGAGAAGCUGGUCGUCACGGACUUCGUCAACAACGGCAACCUCGCCACGGCGCUGCGCGGUCGGUCCGGGCAGCCGAGCCUGUCGUGGUCGCUGCGCCUGCGGAUCGCCAAGGGCGCGGCGCGCGGGCUCGCACACCUCCAUGAGUGCAGCCCGCGCCGGUUCGUGCACGGCGAGGUCAAGCCCUCCAACAUCCUGCUCGACGCCGACUACAACGCGCUCGUCGCCGACUUCGGCCUCGCUCGCCUCCUCACCAUCGCCGGCUGCACCGACGUCUACUGCGUUGCCGGAGCCGGCGGGGUCAUGGGCGGCGCGCUCCCUUACGCGAGGCCGCCAGCCGCGGCGCUGGACCGCCCCAGCGCGUACCGCGCCCCCGAGGCCCGCGCGCCGGGGGCGCGGCCGCCGAGCCAGAAGUCCGACGUGUACUCCUUCGGCAUCGUGCUGCUCGAGCUGCUCACGGGGAAGCCGCCGGAGCACGGUUCGCCGUCCGCGUCCUCCUCGUCGUCGUCGUUCCCGGGGCCCAACGAGCAGAAGCAGCAGCAGGCGCCGGAGAUCGUGAGGUGGGUGAGGCAGGGGUUCGAGGACGCGCGGCCGCUGUCGGAGCUAGCCGACGCCGCCGUGCUGCGGGACACCGGCGCGCGGAAGGAGGUGGUCGCAGCGUUCCAUGUCGCGCUCGGGUGCGUGGAGGCGGAUCCGGAGCGCCGGCCGCGGAUGAAGGCCGUGUCCGACAGCCUCGAUAAGAUCGGCGCGUGAGUACGUCGGAAUGGUGCCGGAGUUAUCUAUUAUUUCCCCCCGUAAUUAUGCUAUUGUUACCGUUCUUUUCUUUGGGUUUUCGUUUCAUCCCUUGGAUGCAAUGAAUGUAGGCUGUAGCACGGGAGCGUAUUUUACGUUUUUA